AUGGUCAUCAUCGCUUCGAACUUCCGCAUUUCGAUUGAACAAAACCCACUCAUUCAUGAGAACGGCCUAUACUACGGCAAAUUCACCAAGGAGGAGUACGAGAAGGCCAAGGCUUACGUUACCACUCAGUACGAGAAGCUCGAAAAGGACAUCAAAGGAACCGAGCAUGUUCGAGAAAAAGUUGGUAAAAUGCCCCAAUUCCCCUCCAGAGCACCAGCAAAGCGAGAUAUCACCAAUUUGCUGGACUUCUUUCUGGAGAUGAUCAAGACCACAGGGCCUAUACCUCUAUCUGCAUACAUGAGACAGUGUCUAACCCAUCCCGAGUUCGGGUACUAUACUACGAGGAACCCUUUGGACGCCACAGGAGGCGACUUCAUCACGUCUCCCGAGAUAUCCUCGGUUUUCGGUGAAAUGAUUGGCAUUUGGCUCUAUUCCGUGUGGUCUUCGCAGGGGUCUCCACAGAGCAUCAGAAUUGUCGAGUUUGGGCCUGGAAAGGGCACUCUCAUGCACGAUGUGGUAGUGGUUUUCAACAAAUUUGUGCAAAAGUCGAAAGUUCCCAUGGAUAUCGAGGUGGUUCUCGUGGAGGCUUCCCAUAUUCUUAGAAAGGAGCAAUGGCUGCUUCUAUGCAAUGAAAGUACACCUUACGAAACGACUCAAGACGGCUUCAACAAGUCAGUGUCCAAAUGGGGCAAUAAGGUGACUUGGGUCGACACAGAGAAGGAUAUUCUCGAGGCACCAAAUACUGCCAACUACGUCUUGGCUCAUGAGUUCUUCGAUGCGUUGCCCAUCAAGUCUUUCACAAAAACUGAGCACGGUUGGAGAGAACAUGUGGUAGAACACACGCCGUCUGUGAUCAACACACAGCCUAAAUUGGAAGGAGCCAGCACUGGCGAAGAAAACGUUGCCGAGGACCUAAAGACUGAGUUCCAUCUCACGCUCUCUCCCAAAGAGACACCAUCUUCUUCAAUCCCCACGUUGAGCCCCCGCUACAGAGACCUACCUGAGGGCCUGCGAAUUGAAGUGUGUGCUGAUGCGGAAUUUUACUUGUCUUACAUUUGUAAAUUGGUUAAUGACUACAACAAGGGAGCCGGCGCAGCAUUGAUUAUAGACUACGGGCCCGCCAAUGAAAUCCCAUCAAACUCUUUGAGGGGCAUUUACAAACACAAGUUCGUCUCUCCGUUCUAUAAGCCUGGAGAAGUGGAUCUUUCUAUCGAUGUUGAUUUUGAGAAUCUCAAAUUGUUGGCCUCACCCCAAGUGGACGUAUACGGGCCAACAGAGCAAGGCGACUGGCUUCACGAGAUUGGAGUCGGCUACAGGUUUGACCAAUUGAUCAAAAAGGCCAAUCUGAUGGCGAACAAAGAGCUGAUCUAUGAGUCCUAUCUUAGACUCACGUCCAAGGACGAGAAGGGAAUGGGUAAGAUCUAUAAGUUCAUGGGUCUUCUUCCCAAGCAUUCUCAGAGGCCAGUUGGAUUUGGAGUUGGAGAGUAA